GAAUUUCUCUGUCUCGAUACCUCAUUGUACUAGUUUCGUGCGGUAGCCAUUUUAAUUUUUGGCGUCGAAAAAAGUACGGCGAGCGAAAUUCGCAUAUCCUGUUGGGUUUUGUGCUGUAAUUAACGCAUUUAACGCCAGAGUCAGUUAGCGCUCUGCGCUGUGUGUGGAUCCGCAAAACUGAGGCAACGAACGCAAAACAAAGCCAACAUCUACCGCAAAACAACUGAAUCGACUCGAUCAAAAAAAAAAAGAAAAGAGAAGAAGAAAAAAAGUACAGUAAAAUGUCGAUGUCUGCCACGUGCUACAAGUGCAACCGGCCGGGCCACUUUGCCCGCGACUGCAGUCUCGGCGGUGGGCCAGGCGGCGGUGGACCCGGUGGUGGCGGCGGAAUGCGUGGUGAUGGGGGCGGUGGCGGCAUGCGCCGCAAUCGUGAAAAGUGCUAUAAGUGCAACCAAUUUGGGCACUUUGCACGCGCCUGCCCGGAGGAGGCGGAGCGCUGCUAUCGCUGCAACGGCGUUGGCCACAUCUCGAAGGACUGCACCCAGGCCGAUAACCCGUCCUGCUACAGGUGCAACAAGCCUGGACAUUGGGUGCGCAACUGCCCCGAGGCAGUCAAUGAGCGUGGCACCGGUGGUGGCAGCGGCGGUGGUGGCGGCGGCGGUGGUGGUGGCGGAGGCCCAGCAAAUGUCUCGUGCUACAAGUGCAAUCGCACCGGACACAUCUCCAAGAAUUGCCCGGAGACGUCGAAGACUUGCUACGGCUGCGGCAAGAGCGGACAUCUUAGACGUGAAUGCGACGAGAAAGGCGGACGAAACUAGAGCAGAGAGAGCGAGAACAAGCAAGCAACACCAACACUCCCUCUCUCACUCUCUCUUUCCCUUGCGUGUGAGGAGAAAUCAACGAAAGAAAGAAAGAGAAAAAGUUUUGUCAAAUAAAAAAAAGAAAAAUUUAAAGAAAAAACUAAUGAAAAAAAUCAAUUGCCAGCCAACAACAACUACAACAACAAGAACAGCAAACAAAAGCAAAGUAUAAAGCAAACAACAAGAAAAAGCAGAAGCGACCAAUCAGUAAAACCAAGUCAAGAUCAACACAGCCACACACACUCACACACCAACACACAAAACAACCCCAAACACACACACACAUAUACACCCAUACCAGCAUACAUAUAUCUAUAACCAUCAUCUAAGCAGCACAUCUCUAAUUCCAAAGCUCUGAGCCUGCAGUCGAAACAGAAGAAGAAUGAAGAGGAAGAGCAGUGUAUAACAACAAGGAGAAAGCACGAAGAAAGAGAAGACAAUGACGACGGCGCUGGCAGCGCUGUGCAGCUGCUGGUAGCACUUGAAGAAGAAGAAUAAGAGACAAGGCGUCGUGUAUUUUAGUAGCUACUACCACAAUAGCAACAACAACAACUAUAUUAUUAUUACAAUGCUACAAACGUGUUUGAAUUUACUAAUUACAAUUAUAACGAAUGGAAAGAAAAGAAGAAAAAAAAACAAAACUAUAUAAGAAUAUAUAAUUUACCUUAAACAAAAAAAAGCAAGAAAAAACGAAAAAAAAUAUAUAAGUAUGUAUGUACUACAAAAGUAUCCUAUUAGGAGUUCCAACACGCAGCAGAUAAACAAUACGAUGAUGUAGAAGCAAGCGGCUAUUUAGAAGAAGGGAGGAGCAGGCGAUUACUCCAAAAAGCUGCGGCCGGCGAGCUUUUGCACUUCACACCCAUCAUCCAAACAAGCAAGAUCUCUAGCGGGUUAGCUUUACCAGCUAACUGAAGCAGAAGCAGCAGCAGCGACAACAACAACAACAAGAGCAGCAGCAAGAACAACUCAACAAUGGCAGAUAGUAGUAGACGACACCAGGCAGACACGAAAAACCGAAAAUCGAAAGCAAAAAAAGAAGCAAAAAGCUGCACACGAGAAGUGGUGGGAUGAGGAUGAGCAGAACAGACGAAACUCAACAAUUGUAAUAACUUUUUCACAAGGCGAACUACGAAGAUGAUGACGAUGAUGAUUAUGAAGAUGAUGAA